AAACCUCUCAUUUUAACUAGCAACUAAAUAAACAAUUUAUUUAAUACUUCAAGUGUGCCUAAUUUCGAAUACAACCCUUAUGACUAGUAAUUAUGGAGCUAAAUACAUUUGUGAGCCUAGACCAAGGAGAAUGAAGAAAAACUAAAAUGGAAACAACGUGUUUCAGUACAACCCAAACCCAGUAGACAUUUCAGUACUACUAUGUGUGCCGUCACAAAAGUGGUAUAUGGAAGUGACGUGCUUAUCGUGCAAAUUAGACUUUAGAAAAGCAAUUUUGUUCUCAGACUAAUGCCAAAUGCCUCAUGGGAUUACAUACUUCUCUGAUAACUGAGUACUUCGUAACUUAGUCCAGCCCCGUAUUAUAUGUGGUAAAAGAGCAGCAAGAUCCAGCAUAAUAAAAAGGAACCGUGGUAACAGCAGAAAACUACUACAGAUUAGUUUGUGUGUCUUAAUUUUAUAAAAGGAAGUGAACAUGAACUUUUAAAUGAUCAUAGGCAACUUUUCUACCUGACGUUUACUAUUCCUUCUCUACACAUUACAUCCGAUAAGUCAUAAAGGUGCACUAUAGCAGUAAGGCAGCCAAUCGACUCACCACAAAACGAUUAUAGAGACUUAGUUAGACCCUUUCAAACGCCAUCCCGUAGUGUUGUGAAAAAACAAACUGACGGCUAUGAACUCUGUUGGUGGCUCUCCAGAAGAGGGCGGAGUGCGACAUCUGACCUUAUUAGCACACGAGUGGUUUAGUUAAAGUGGCAAGUAUAGCAGUCAGGAUAAAGAUGGCUGCAUCUUCCAGUACCCGAGUGGCUGUUGUAACUGGUUCUAACAAGGGAAUUGGGUUCGCUGUUGUCCGUGCUCUGUGUAAACACUUCGUUGGUGAUGUAUAUUUGACAGCCCGAAAUCCCGAUCGGGGGGCGUCGGCUGUGACUGUUCUGCAGUCUGAGGGUUUAAACCCACUUUUUCACCAGCUGGAUAUCACGGAUAUGCAGAGCAUUCGAAAUAUCAGAGACUUUCUAUCCAGCAAAUACGGGGGACUUGAUGUCUUGAUAAAUAACGCCGGUAUAGCCUUUAAAGUUGCUGACAAAACAGCUUUCAGUAUACAGGCAGAGGUGACACUCAAAACUAACUUCUUUGGUACAAGGGAUGUCUGUAAUGAGUUGCUUCCUCUUCUGAAACCACAAGGACGUGUAGUUAAUGUGUCCAGCAUAUCUGGUUACAGUGCUCUCCAGAACUGUAGCAAAGACCUACAGCAGAAGUUCCGUAGUGAUACCAUCACAGAAGAAGAGCUAGUAACGCUUAUGGAAAAAUUUGUGGAAGAUACAAAAAAGGGUAUAUACCAGAAAGAAGGCUGGCCUUCCACUGCUUAUGGUGUGUCAAAACUUGGAGUGACUGUCUUGUCUAGAAUUCAGGCAAGAAAUGUUAGCAAGGAGAGACCAGCAGACAAGGUCCUCAUAAAUUCCUGCUGUCCAGGAUGGGUGAGAACUGAUAUGGCUGGUCCUCAUGCUCCAAAAACGCCAGAUGAGGGAGCAGUAACCCCUGUGUAUUUAGCCCUUUUACAGCCUAAUGCUUGUGAGCCUCAUGGUCAGUUUGUAUGUGAAAGAAAAGUGCACAAAUGGUAACUGUCCAAUCUACUAGAUGAAGACUUUCAAUGUUCAGCGCCCUGAGUAUUGAGUGCAAACAUAGGGGGAAUUGGUACAGCAGAAUAACAAGCAAAUAUAUUUCGUACUGUCAUCCAUUUUGCUUGCUAUAUUUUCUAGUAAGUCUAUGCAUUCCUCUGGUGUGGGGGAAAUGCUGAUCUUAUGCUAAUAAAGCAAUUGUGCUUAUGGCAUGUCUCAGUGUCUGUAAAACAA